CCGAAAUUUACCAUUCAUUGUAGAAUGAGAAUUGCGCGAAAGUCUUUCCUCAAUAACUUGGUGCAGAAUAGUUUCAAACUAAUUGUCAGUCGUAAUUAUUCAUUCCAGAUGGAAGCUAAAAACAGAGGAAAAGCGGCUGCAGCAAGAGCAGCUGUUGACAAUCACGUGAAGACAUCUCAAGUUGUGGGUAUAGGAAGUGGCUCCACCAUUGUAUUUGCUGUACAAAGAAUAGCCGAAAGAGUAAAAGAAGAGGGAUUAUCAGUGAUAUGUAUACCUACCUCAUUCCAGGCUAGACAGUUAAUACAAGAGAACGGAUUAACAUUAGGAAGUCUAGAUAGAAAUCCAAAGAUUGAUGUAGCUAUAGAUGGCGCUGAUGAAGUAGACAAAGAUUUAAAUUGUAUAAAAGGGGGUGGGGCUUGUCAAACUCAGGAAAAAAUGGUAGCAUCAAAUGCCAAAGAAUUCUAUAUUAUAGCUGAUAUUUGUAAACAAUCAAAAGAACUAGGUACAACAUGGAAACAAGGUAUACCAAUAGAAGUCAUUCCAUCAGCUUAUAGACCAGUGCAGUUAAGGCUAGAGGAAAUGUUAGGAGGACAGGCUAAUCUUAGAAUGGGAGUCAAGAAAGCAGGUCCAGUAGUAACAGACAAUGGUAACUUUGUGAUAGACUGGCAAUUCCAAUCAUUACCACAGGACUGGAAUAAAAUAAAUCAACAAAUUGUGUUGAUACCAGGUGUAUUAGAUACAGGAUUAUUUAUCAACAUGGCCAAGAAGGCAUACUUUGGUAGAGAAGAUGGUAGCUUGGUGGAACAAACAAAAUGAUAUGAAAACAUGAAAUAAGAGGAGUUUAGAGUGAUUUUUGGUCAUGCCAUAGAUUCUUAAACAAUAUAUUAUUACUAGUGGUGAACACAACUUCUGCAUCAUAAUCUGGACCAGAAUGCAAUACAAAUGACUAGUUUUAAACUGUCACCAGUGACUAAUACUAAUAAAUUGAUUUUAUGAAUAAAUAUAAUCAUGAUUAAUAAAACACAUUUCUCAUUGUUCAA